GUUCGGAAAGCCCACCCCGUCAACCAGAUCGCCGGACAAGCCGACCUUUCUGCAGGAGUACAUCGCCAGCAGAAGGAGACCAACGCCCUCUACGGGAACAACCCGGACCGAGCUGAGGAGAACCUGGGCCAGCGCUGCUUGUCAAGCCAGGGGUCGACUACUUGGAGGCACGCAACGCGCUGCUCGUCUCGCCGAGCCUGGUGUCCUUCCUGUCGGCGAUGCUGGCGGGCCUGGACCCGCUUCUCGUGCCCGUGGUCGGCUCCGAUGUGGUCCGAGCACUACUGAGCGUCGUAACCAGCAGCCAGCGGUGGGGGCUGGACAGAGCCAAUGGCCCGCAGGACAGGGCACAGAGAGAACGCGACCCGUUGCCUGGCCGAGCUGUACGCCAAUCUGACAGGCUACCGCCAGACAGGGCCCGGCUUGCCCGACGAGCUGUUUUUCGACGCGGCGGCUGUGGAGCCUCUCUUCAAACUCUACAGGGCCUAUCUCGCCGAGUACCCUGAGCUGCGCGAUGGUCCGAACAUUCCUGAGCUGCCUGGCAAGCACUCACUGGAAUUGUUGUUUAUCAACUACGCGGUGGCGCGCUGUGGACACGGAGCGCGACCAGUGGACGCCCAAACUUCGAGCGGACGCUGUCGGUGGCCGCGCGGUUCAACGUGGCUCUCGUGAACUCUAGGGUAAGGGACAGUCGCUGAUGGAGGCGGAUCCUGUGCGUCUCUCAAGUUGUCCAAAAAGCAGGAUUCGUUCCUGCUAUCACGUCGGAUGUAUAAUUAACCAAGCCGACCGCUUGCUGGGUUACUUACGCCGUAACUUUUCUCGUGCUCCCUUUUCUUUAAAAUUAUUACUCUAUAAAGCCCUGUUACGACCAAAAUUAGAAUACGUUGCAGCUAUAUGGGGUCCCUUUCAUGAAAACCUAAUACAAUCCCUUGAACUAAUCAAAAACAACGCCACUCGUUUUAUUCUUUGAAACUAAACCGUGGUGCGAGCGUAUCUUCAAUGAAAUCGAAUCCGGGUCUUCAACCGUUAGCAACACGUCGAAUAAUUUCCCAGCUUUCAUUUUUUCAUAAGCUGUAUCCCCACCCAACUCUUCAUCCAAAAUUAAUGUCGCGGCCAUAUUACUUAUCUCACCGUACUGCUUAUCAGCAUUGAAUCAGUUAGAACCAGUGCGCGUAACACAACAUAUUUUUUACCCUAAUUUUGCCACGUGCAUCAAAACAUUGGAAUGAACUUCCUUCUGAUAUUGUUUCCAUUAUUAACAAUGAUAAUUUUCGAAAAGCACUAGCUAAAACUUUAUAAAAGCAAACAUUUGUACGAACUACUGUUGGUGUAGUCCUUUUUUAUUGUUUAGUGUUACGUUUAUGUCAUGUUCUAUUACUGUAUUUAUCAUACUUUCAGCUAACAUUCAAUAAUUAACAAAUAUUGCGUAUAAGCUCGUAAUUUCUUUCCUUCUUAUUUGUUGUAUAACCCAGUCCACUCUCUAAUGCCGAAAGACCCUGAGGGUAAAUAAG